UAAAUAUUCUUAAUUUUAUUCUUACCAGCUAUACAGAUGAUGUGAAAGGAAGCGAUGGAAAAAUCUAAUGACAGCUCAGAGUAUGGUUUUAUCUUAGUCGGCUUCUCUGAUCGUCCCAAGCUGGAGAUGGUGCUCUUCAUAGUAAAUUUUAUUCUGUAUUCAGUGGCUGUGUUGGGAAAUUCGACCAUAAUCCUGCUGUGUAUAUUAGACCCUCGACUUCAUACUCCAAUGUACUUCUUUCUGGCAAAUCUUUCCUUUCUAGAUCUCUGCUUCAGUACUAGUUGUAUCCCACAGAUGCUGGUAAACCUCUCGGGCCCUGAGAAAACUAUCAGCUAUGCUGGCUGUGUUGUGCAACUUUUCUCUUUCCUUUCUGUUGGGGGAAUUGAGUGCAUCCUUCUGGCUGUCAUGGCAUAUGACCGCUAUGCUGCAGUCUGCAAACCCUUGCACUAUAUGGUCAUUAUGCACCCCCAGCUGUGUCUACGACUGGUGGCUGUGGCCUGGGGAAGUGGACUGGUCAAUGCCAUUGUCAUGUCUCCACUAACAAUGACUCUCUCCAGAUGUGGCCUGCGACGAGUUAACCAUUUCCUCUGUGAAAUGCCUGCACUGAUCAAGAUGGCUUGCGUGGAUGCUCGCGCGGUGGAAAUGCUAGCCUUUACCUUCGCCAUUCUCAUUGUCCUACUGCCCCUCACUCUUAUUCUUGUCUCCUACGGCCACAUUGCUGCAACAGUGCUGAGGAUCAAGUCAGCUACUGGGCGAUGGAAGGCCUUCAAUACCUGUAGCUCCCACCUCACCGUGGUCUCCUUGUUCUAUGGGAGCAUCAUCUAUAUGUACAUGCAGCCAGGAAACAGCUCUUCCCAAGACCAAGGCAAAUUUCUCACCCUCUUCUACAACCUGGUAACUCCCAUGUUGAAUCCACUCAUCUAUACCUUAAGGAAUAAGGAAAUGAAAGGGGCACUGAAAAAAGUUUUGAGGAGACAACAAUGAACAAAAGAUAUGUGCUAAGUUAUGAAGUCCUAGGCAAAAUAGUUUUUUCAAACGCUACCAUUUAUUUUGUGCUUAUAAUAAAUUUAGCCGAUGUGUCAAACACUCUUGGAUUUUUAAAAACAUGGACAAAUGCACUGAAGUGUAUCCAGAGUCAAUAUGAAUCAACCAUAGCUGCAAAUAAUAUGAAUUUUUCUUAGGAAAAUAAUAUUUAGCAAAAAGAAUUAAAUCCCAGGAGAAAGGUGAAAUAACUCUCAUAUAGAUAUAAAAUAAACAUGUGUUAAAGAUUUUAUUCAACUCAAUUAAUGAAGAAACCAAGCAAAUGUAAUAACCAGUUAAAAAAAAAAGUUGAAAAGCACAAAUUUAUAAGAAGUGAAGGAACGUUGAAAUGAAUGUGCAGAUGAAGAUAAAAAUUGCUUCUUCCACUGUGGGGGAGGGAAGCCAACUGAAUUUCUACCUGACAGGACUGAAUUUGCUUGUCAUAGAGGAGAAUUAUUUUGCAUUGCUAUCAGUUAUCUAUAAUUUACAACUCUGUAAAAUACCUGCCACAGAAUCAGGAUCAGGUAACCUGGAGGAGUGUCCUCUAGAGUCUAGACAAUGCAUAAUUUUCCAGUGAAGCAUAAUUUUUUCCCUACAAACUAGACUAUAUAUCUCAUUUAUAAGACUAAGUAUAUAGCCUCAAGCCUCUUAAUAAAAGGAUGUAGGUAUUUUCAUCCUGAUUUUUUAAAUGGCAAAACUAUGGUUUAUAGGUCCUAUAUAAAUUAACCUGGGCCACACAUUAGGUAGUGGUAUUCAAAAGUGGUGUGUCUAAGUCAGCCCUUUGCUGUUAUCCACUGAAUAACACUCUCUUUGCUAUAGAGUAUUUAGAGUGUGUACAGGUGACCUGAUAAUCAACCCCAGCCUUGUUUUCUUUACUACUUGUACAAUCCUCCAAGCGUGCUUUGUGUACCAGAGACCCUCUAAGAGAAUUCUCACCAUAUAGAAGUUCACUCAUUUUUCUUUAACUAUUAAUAUCAUGACAUCACCUCUUCCCACAUUGCCCCGUGCAAAUCUCUGUCCAAAUCUUUCCCAUGCUUCAGUGGUCCGCUCAAAUACAACACACUUUUUAAAUUAUCUAGGACUCUGAUUUAAAAAUGCUCUGUCACUCCUUUUAACCUAUCACAUUUUUAUACACUGAAAUGGCAAUUUUUCUAGUUAAUAUUAUAUUUAUAUAUUUCAUAUGUCUCCUGUUAGACUAUAAGUUCCUUGAUGGUAGGGCUGAUUAUCUUUUUAAUCCUUCUUAGCACCAUUCCAGGUAUUAAGUUGUUAUUAAAAUGCCUUGUAGAUAGUAAGUGAUCAAUAAUAGCUGGGGAUGAUUAUUAAUUUUAACCGGUUAAUUACAUCCAGAAAUUAUUCCUUAACUUUAAUUGAUGAACUGUCUAAUUCUGUUUUUGUUCUUCAACAUUACA